AAAUCACAGUAAAAUCCCAAGCAGAGAAGGAGGUGGUUUUCAAUUCUAAAUUCCUGGUGCGCCCAAAGGGGCGUCCAGUCCAGGAAGCAAAGUGUGGACUGACAGGUGCGCUUACUGCAGCCUGGUCUUCUCCAUUUGCUAGCUCCCUAGCUCAUUGCUUACCUACGGCCAAGGUGCUGCUCUCUUUGAUGGCUUUGUAUUUGCUCCCGGACGCUUCCUUCUGUAGCUUUCUCAGGAUCUCUUCCAUCUUGACCUUCGUGGCCACUCAGCCGCCAAAGGGAAAGGAACUGGCUGUAGACGCCGGGAGCGACUGAGCCUGGCCUCACUCUUCACCUCCAGCUGCUGUAAAGGUUCACGCACAGCGCCUCUACAGAGCGCUCCUGACUCUUCCCUCCAUCCCGCCUGGGGCCAGAAGCAGCCACCACCGCUACAGCUCCUGCUGAUGAAUCACGCUGGGCUCCAUCUCAGAGAGCCACGUCAGUUUCUUCCGCCUCUUACCCCCUCCCUUUCCCCUCCCCCUCCUCUACUCCUCCUCCGCCGACUGCUUCUCCUCCACCCUUCUUCCCCCAGAAUUGGCAAGCAGCACGGUCCUAGGGAAGAAAAGAAACAGCUGGUUGAAGAGAAACAGAAUCAGGCAGGCUGAUGAAAGAAAACAAAGCAGUGAAGGAAGAGAACUAUCUUUUUCAAUUUUACACUGGCCAGAGGUCCUAGUCUCUUAUAAGUUUCUCAUUAACCUCCUAACUCUUGUCUCCAUUUCUCACUAAUAUUACUACUUCCCUUUAGGAGAAAAAAGAAUCUUUCUCCCAGAGUGUAAAGUGAUAUAGGCAAAAAUCAGUUUACUCAUUCAAAAUUUCUCCUAACAGUUUCAGGAAAGUCCCUAGCUCAGGCAGCUCAAGCUCCAGUCACUGUAACAGCAGUAUCUGCACUCACAGCUGCAUCCUCAGCUGCUGCUGUGCCAUACUAUUCUCAUCACCAACAUGUCCCUUUCCAACAAACUGACCUUGGAUAAGGUGGACCUGAAGGGGAAAAGGGUCAUCAUGAGAGUGGAUUUUAAUGUUCCUAUGAAGAACAAAGAGAUAACCAACAACCAGAGAAUCAAAGCUGCUCUUCCUAGCAUCAGCUACUGUUUGGAUAAUGGGGCCAAGUCUGUUGUUCUCAUGAGCCACUUGGGCCGGCCUGAAGGUAUCCCCAUGCCUGAAAAAUACUCUUUGGAGCCAGUGGCUGUGGAGCUCAAAUCCUUGUUGGGCAAAGAUGUUCUGUUUCUGAAGGAUUGUGUGGGUCCAGAAGUGGAGAAAGCCUGUACUAACCCACCUAGUGGUUCCAUUAUUUUGCUGGAGAAUCUCCGCUUCCAUGUAGAAGAAGAAGGGAAAGGCAAAGAUGCUUCUGGAAACAAGAUCAAAGCAGAUCCAGCCAAAGUAGAAGCCUUCCAAGCCUCCCUCUCCAAACUUGGGGAUAUCUAUGUCAAUGAUGCUUUUGGUACAGCUCACCGGGCUCACAGUUCCAUGGUGGGAGUGAUUCUUCCCCAGAAAGUAAGCGGUUUCCUCAUGAAAAAGGAGCUGACUUAUUUUUCCAAAGCCCUGGAGAGCCCAGAAAGGCCCUUCUUAGCCAUCCUGGGUGGAGCUAAAGUAGCGGACAAGAUCCAGCUGAUCAACAAUAUGCUAGACAAAGUCAAUGAGAUGAUUAUUGGUGGUGGGAUGAGUUACACCUUCCGCAAAGUGCUCAACAACAUGGAGAUUGGGACUUCUCUUUUUGAUGAAGAGGGGGCCAUGAUUGUCAAAGACCUGAUGGCCAAGGCUGAGAAGAAUGGCGUCAAGAUCACCUUGCCUGUUGACUUUGUCAUAGCAGACAAGUAUGAUGAGAAUGCCAAGAUUGGACAAGCCACCUUGGCCUCUGGCAUUCCUGCUGAAUGGAUGGGUAUGGACUGUGGCCCUGAGAGCAGCAAGAAGUAUGCAGAAGCUGUGGCCCGGGCCAAACAGAUUGUGUGGAAUGGACCUGUUGGAGUAUUUGAGUGGGAACCCUUUGCACGUGGAACCAAAGAGCUAAUGAACAAUGUAGUGGAGGCCACCAGCAGGGGCUGCAUCACUAUCAUAGGUGGUGGGGAUACUGCCACUUGCUGUGCAAAAUGGAACACUGAGGACAAAGUCAGCCAUGUGAGCACUGGGGGUGGUGCCAGUCUAGAGCUGCUGGAGGGCAAAAUUCUCCCUGGGGUGGCUGCUCUGAGCAGUGUCUAAAGGUUAGCACUUUCCUGUCUGCUGAUUCCUGUGUACAGCCUAUCAAAUUUGACCCUGUAGUGCUUCCUGUCCCUCUCUCAUUGGCAUUAGGCAAGUUUCUCCCUCAAGACUCAACUAGUGGCCAGAAAAUGGGGCAAUGAGAGCCCCCAAACAACUCAACUCCUCUUGUUUCCUGUGUAUGCCUGUUGUAAGAUCUCACUUGAACUCAUUUAGUGUGUCUAAACUAUUGUGAUCUGUAGAGCACAAUAUAUGCACAUUUUUAUAUUUUGCCUUUAUAAAGAAAAAAUCUAAAGCUGCUGUUUGUUAGCCAUACUCUUGAAAUAGUUAGUUCUAUUCAGCUUUGUCAGCAGCUGUUUUUGUCAUUUCCCACACACAGUAUGGAAACAAGAAGAAAGUCCAGUUUUUUUUGUUUUUGGGGGGGGAGUUCCAGCUCAAAAAAAAAAUCCCCUAAUGGCUCCCUUAUGAAAAGAACCUAUAUCUUCCAAAAUGUUCAUAGGAACUCUCUUUGUGACGACCAAGAACUGGAAAUUGAGGGGAUCCCAUCCAUUGGGGAAUGCUUAAACAAAUUGUAGUAUUAUUGUUAUAGAAUAGUACUGCACCAUAAGAAAUGAUAAGCAGAUUAAUUUUUUUAAUUUAUAAAGAAUUACGUAGUAUAAUGAACAGCAAAAAUGGAUAGAGUAGAACCAAGAGAACAAUAUAUACAACUACAAAAUUAAUUCUUGAAGACUAACUUGUGAAUGUCACAUUCAAGAGAAUGAACUGGGAAAUGGAAACAAGUAAGACAUAAUCUAUAUAUACAUAUGUGGGGAGGAGAGGAGAAGCUGAGAUACUUGUAAACAAAUUCUAAUGAUAAGAAAAUUAAAAAAUAAAAGUAGUAUCCAGAAGUAAAAAAAAAUUAACUGAAUGGGUUCCUUCUUUAAAAAAAAAAACCUUUAAAAAUCAAUUGGUGCAUUAAUUUACUUAUUCAAUGCCAUACCUAUCAAACUACCAAGAAACUACUUUUUCAUUGAAUUGGAAAAAAUAAUAAAUUUCAUUUGAAGGAACAAAAGAGCAAGAAUAUCAAGGGAAAUAAUAAUAAUAAGAAUGAAAAGGAUGGGGAUCUAGAAGUACCAGAUCUUAAAUUGUACUAUAAAACAGUGGUCAUCAAAACAAUUUGGUACUGACUAAGAGACAAAAGGGAGGAUCAAUGGAAUAGUCUUGAGGUAAAUUCCUACAGCAAGAUAGUUAUAUGAUAAACCCAGUGAUCCCAGAUUUUGAGACAAGAACCCACUGUUUGACAAAAAACUGCUGGGAAAAUUAGAAAACAAUAUGGGGGAGAUUAGAUUUGGAUCAAUAUCUCACACCCUACACCAAGAUAAAUUCAGAAUGGGUGAAUGACUUAAAUAUAAAGAUGGAAACUAUAAGUAAAUUAGGUGAACACAGAAUAGUAUACUUGUCAGAUCUUUGAGAAAGAAAAGAAUUUAAGACCAGGAAAGAAAUAGAAAAUAUCACAAAAUGUAAAAUGAAGCAUUUUGAUUACAUUAAAUUAAAAAGGGUUUGUGCAAACAAAACCAAUGCAACCAAAAUUAGAAGGGAAACAACAAAUUGGGGGAAAAUACUUAACAAAAACCUCUGACAAAGGUCUAAUUUCUCAAAUAUAUAAGGAACUAAAUCAAUUGUAUAAAAAAUCAAGCCAUUCUCCAAUUGAGAAAUAGGCAAAGGACAUGAAUAGGCAGUUUUCAGAUGAAGAUAUCAAAACUAUCAAUAAGCACAUAAAGUGUUCUAAAUCUCUUAUAAUUAAAGAAAUGCAAAUCAAAACAACUCUGAGAUAUCACCACACAGCUAGCAGAUUGACUAAUAUGACAGCAAAGGAAAAUAAUAAAUGUUGGAAAGGAUGUGGCAAAAUAGGUACACAAAUGCAUUGCUGGUGGAGUUGUGAAUUGAUCCAACCAUUCUGGAAGGCAAUUUGGAAUUAUGCCCAAAGGACUUUAAAAGACUCCCUGCCUUUUGAUCCAGCCAUAGCACUGCUGGGUUUUUUACCCCAAAGAGAUAAUAAGGGAAAAAAAAAACUUGUACAAAAAUAUUUAUAGCCACGCUCUUUGUGGUGGCAAAAAAUUUGAAAAUAAGGAGGUGUCCAUCAAUUGGGGAAUGGCUGAACAAAUUGUGGUAUCUGUUGGUGAUGGAAUAUUAUUGUGCUAAAAGGAAUAAUGAACUGGAGGAAUUCCAUGUGAACUAGAACAACCUCCAGGAAUUGAUGCAGAGUGAAAGGAGGAGAACCAGGAGAACAUUGUACACAGAGGCUGAUGAACUAUGGCACAAUCGAAUAUAAUAGACCUCUGUACUAGCAGCAAUGCAAUGAUCCAGGACAAUUCUGAGGGACUUAUGAGAAAGAACACUAUCCACAUUCAGAGGAAGAACUGUGGGAGUAGAAACACAGAAGAAAAACAACUGCUUGAUCACAUGGGUUGAUGGGGAUAUGAUUGGGGAUAAAUGGUCACUCUACUGUAAAUAUUAAUAAUAUGGAAAUAGGUCUUCAUAGGUAAUGCAUGUGAAAUCCAGUUGAAUUGCUCAUUGGCUAUGGGGUGGGGGAGGGAGGAGGGAGGGGAAGGAGUAUGAAUCAUGUAACCAUGGGAAAAUAUUCUAAAUUAGUCAAAUAAAUAAAUUUAAUUUUUAAAAAUUCAAUAGGUACCAGGAUUAAAAAAAAAUAAUGGUUUAGUUCUAUAUGCAUUGGGCCUUGAUACUAAAAUGUCAGAGUUUGGUAGCCCUGAGGUGAUAUGGCCAUCUUUAUCUAAAUGACUCUCUGUAUAAAAGGUAUAAAACUUCAUUAAAGCUACUAUUUUUUCUUCCUUAAA